AUCAUUUUAAUAUCAUAUAGUUUUAGAGUGUUCUUUCCAUCCAUUCCAUGCUUCCACACCUUCAGCCCAUAGUCUUCCACUUGCUUAUUUACCACUUUAUCCCAGCUGCACCUUGUACUGCUUCACCCAAUGGUCCUUUGGCCCAGUGGGCCAUUGGCGCUCCCAUGCUUCAUGCAUAUCACACUUGCAUAUCAAUGCACAUCUACGUGCCCAUUUGCUCACCUAUAUUAUCCACAUAUACAUCUUUCAGGGCCAAUAUUUAUUGUCUAUUAGUUCCUGUCUAACUUUAUACCUACCUCAAAACUAAUCUCAUUCAAACAGUCAUUCACUUGCGCAGCUCUUGCAGGACUGUGAUUGUAAAUUAAUCAAAAAUAAAUUUUUACUACUAAUAGGGGAAGUGAAGGAGUAGAGUAGAAGUGUUUGAUAAAUUAUUUCCUUUUAAAUUCUUAAAUUUCAGAGGCCAAAUUAAUAGAUGGCUAUUGACCAGGACAGUGACAGUAUGCGGGUCAAGUUGGAGAUUGAUGAAUCAGCUGGUGAUUUGGAUGUGGCUCGGGAAAAGUUUGAUAGCGCAUUGCAAGAUUUGUUCUUUAAAGAAGAAGUAUCAGAUUCAGAAGCAGAAGAUGUACAAAAUGCUAAACAGGAACCUAGUGCAGAUUUGUCUGCUGAGAGCAUGGAGACAGGCCUCGAGUCAGCAGCAACCCAGUCCUCUCGACCCCCUCGCAAAAGACGGCGUAAGGACACUGAACCUGACCAACUUAACAGCAUGGCUGCAGGCAACAACCAGCAGAGCAGCUUUGUGGUGCGCAUUUUUGACCGCAGCAUCGACCUCGCUCAGUUUGCUGCUGAUGCACCACUCUACCCCAUCUGUCGAGCUUGGCUCCUCAAUGAACCUAAUGCCGAAAGAGGGACCGGGCUGACAGAUCUAAACGCUGGUACCCCAUCGCCUCCUGAAGGUGCAGAUCUGCCCGAGGUGUUAUCCCUGCCUCCUCCUACACCUUGGGGGCCUGAGUAUGCCGACCGUCUCCAUCCCCUGAUUCCAGCGCCACUACCAGCACCUCCUCUUGUGCGCCGCGACACGGCACUUGGCUCGCCUAGCGCAUCAGAGCUGCUCAACCAUCACCUGCAACACUGGAAGAACGUCAGACAGACCUGGAAAAAGGCGUCCGCUGCCGCAGAUGCGCGAUAUGAUGAAUCUGCUACAAUUCUCAGAGAAAUAUUUAGCAUACACGCAGGUGGUGAAGUGUCUUCGAGCGCCACAGCCUGACCUACGCCACAAGAAAAGGGCUCAUCACAGCAAACCUGGAUCCAAGUCACAACCACAUUUCAUCUACAUUAGGUCCAUCUCUCAAAUUUCUGCGCACUUAACUUCUUCAAUUAAAUGCCGAAAAUCUAGCCUAAGGGUACGCACACAGUGAAAGCAGGUUUGCCCGCGCGGGCAACCUGCU